AUGGCGUACAACCGCGGUGUUAGUCUUACCCAAAUCCACCCUUCCCCCGACGCCGACGCCGAUACAGACAUCGAUAUCAUUGCCAUCCACGGCCUGGACACGAAAUCCCCAGACACUUGGAUUUCAAAAUCAUGCUAUCCCGACGAGGAUGUCAACUGGCUGGCAUGUCCACGUAUGCUUCCAGAAAGAAUAGGACCGGCACGGAUCUUCACGUGUGACUGGCCAGCAGAUCUCCUUGAACAGCCAGAUUUGAUCCAGAAAACAGCAGACGAGUUCGCCCGGCUCUUGCUCGCCGGAAUCAAACGACGUCCGUUGCCAACAAAGACUGGCUCCGCUAAGGGGAGAGACCGGCCGAUUGUCUUUAUUGCAUCGUGUCUCGGAGGUAUCAUUCUAAUCAAGGCUCUCGUCAUCGCUGGCCAUUCUUCAAGCGAAUAUACUGCUGUUAGACGAUCGACACGUGGAAUUGUCUUCCUUGCUACCCCUUUCCGCGGAACUUCGUUCCAAGAUGUAGCAAACUGGGCAGAGCCUGGUCUGAGGGCCUGGGCGUCGAUGCGAGGCCAAAAAGUGAGCAACCUCCUGGACGACGUCAAGGGAUCGACUUUCCACCUUGAGGAACUUGUGCGCAAGUUCACUCAGCUGUGUCAAGAUAAAGAUUAUCCCUACCAAGUGUUUGCUUUCUAUGAAACUGGCUUAACGAGUCUUCAUCGUAAAUUUCCUCUGAGCUGGUUGAUUCCAGCCUGGGUGCUUAAUCUAGCUGUUCCGCCCAAGCCACUUGUUGAUAGCUCUUCAGCAACUCUAGAUAUUGUCACCGACCCGCUGCCACUCAAUCGACGCCAUGUAAUGAUGAACAAGUUCAACAGCCCUGAAGAUCCAGACUAUCAAUGUGUUGUUGGAAAAAUUGAAGAGAUUCUUCAGGGCAUACGUACAAAUUCCCCGCUCGACGACGCAGACGCAUGGAUACGCGAUAAGCAUUAUGCUGUAGAUAGGCUCAAGAUUGAACGACUCUCUGGCGACCAAUUGCCGAUGGAUCAGUGCUAUAUCAAUCUUGCCGUUGUAGAACAGAGUGGCCAAGACUCAGAUCGCUCAAAGGCAAUAGACGCAAAGUCCUCACCGUUUUCCAUCUUCAAUCGACAGAAGAUUGAGACGCCAGAUACCGCUGUCAAGGUUGAGUUGGCAACAAUUUUCAACAAACGCCGAGGACGCGCUGGCCAAAUGAUACAGCCAAGAAGAAUCUUGAUUCGAGGACGCGCGGGGGUUGGUAAGACCACCUUAUGCAAAAAGAUCGUCCAUGAGUUUACUCAAGGUACAUGGAAUGAAUGGAAUAACUUGUUUGACCGCAUCCUUUGGGUGCCUCUUCGGAACCUGAAGCUCGAAGAAAGACGCCAACAACCGGCAUAUGACUUUGAAGCUCUCCUCACUCAUGAAUAUUUCUCUCUGCCGAACAAUAAACCGGAUUUCGCUAAACAAUUGGCCCGCUCUUUAGAGACUAACAGUGCCAAGACCCUGUUCCUCCUUGAUGGCCUGGAUGAAGUGUCACAAGACUUAGCCAGCAACAACAGUCUGUCUCGCUUCCUUAACGAGCUUUUAGAGCAGCCUAACAUCAUUAUUACUUCCCGGCCAUCUGGCAGGUUACCACUUAACCUUGAUCUUGAAUUGGAAGCGAUCGGAUUUUACCCCAACCAAGUCAAGGAAUACAUCAAGAACGCCUUUACCAAUCCAAAAACAACCGAGGUUGACGAGAAAACGGUUGGCAAAAUCCAGUCUUUCCUUCAAGAUCACUGGCUCAUUCAAGGCCUUGCACGCAUUCCAAUUCAGCUGGAUGCACUUUGCUACUCUUGGAUUGAUAUUCGCAGCGACAUGCCGGAGACGAUGACUGCCCUUUACCAAGCUAUAGAACUUAGCUUGUGGAAAAAAGACAUUGUGAGACUAGAGAAAACACAUAACCAUGGUCUAGUAACAUUGUGCCAUAUCCAAAAUGCAAGUCGGCAAAAGAUCGAAGAAUUUGUUAAAGAUGAGAUCGCUUUUCUUGAGAGUCUUGCCUUUGCUGGGCUUUGUAAUGAUAUAAUAGAAUUUGAACCGAAGCAUUUGAACUUCAUAUCCGACCGCUUCUCGGAUUUCUUGCUAGACAAGACAGCCCCAUCCCUGUCAUUUUUACGAACCUCAAACCCGUCAUCGGAAUACCGCUACCGAAGCUAUCACUUUAUACACCUGACCUUUCAGGAAUACUUCGCCGCGCGGUAUUUUGUACGGCAUUGGACUGCUAGGGCACCUCUCAGCUGCGUGGAACUCGGCAGUAGAAAGACUAACAAGACCGAGCCUAUCAAAUUCUUUCAGGAGCACAAAUACACAGCCCGCUACGAUAUCCUGUGGCGCUUUGUUGCCGGAUUACUUGACGCCAAGCCGGAAGAAAUAUCCCUCUUUUUCCAGAAAAUCGAGGAGGAGCCACUCGACCUCUUAGGCCCUGCGCAUCAACGGCUAGUCAUGCAUUGCUUGAGCGAAGUAUCGAGUAACUUACCAGUUCGAGCCCACCUAGAACAACGGCUUUCCAAUUGGUUACUAUUCGAAUGCGAAUUCGGGCAAAAUUAUCGCCCAUUCCUAGCAAGAGAGGUAGAAUUUCCCGAGCGGGUAUUGGAUACUACCUUUCGGGAAGGGUCCGAUAACAUCAAAUUGAAAAUAUUAAGAUCGAUAACAAAACGGGCCACUGCUCCAGCGAGCAUCAUUAAACAGGCAGUCUCCUGGAUAGGGCACAUGGACACUAGCACGCGAGAAGCUGCCAUCGUGGUCCUGCGGCAGUUGACCUUACCUGAUGGGAUUCCCUGGGCUAUAGCAGCGAGGCUUGAAGAAAAGGUUUGGUUUGUUCGAACAGGCGCUAUUACGGUCUUGGGCGAAAAAUCAGUCUUGCCUAAAGAAAUCCUUGGCGCUAUAGUAGCAAGGCUCGAGGAUAAGGAUUGGCGUGUCCGCAAAGCCGCUGCUGGGGCCCUAGGCCAACGACUGGCCUUGUCUGAUGAGAUUCUUAAGGCUGUAGCAGCAAGGCUCGAGGAUAAGGAUUGGCGUAUUCUUAAGGCUGUAGCAGCGCGGCUUGAAGACGAGGAGUGGUUUGUCCGAGAAACCGCGGUAGAAGCCUUGAACCAGCUUCGGCGAUUAAGCUCGCAUGAAAAGACUCUCAAGGCCAUAGCAACGCGGCUUAAAAGCAAGGAUUGGACCAUCCAACAAGCCGCUUUUAGAGCCUUGAACCAGCAAUAUAGUUUUUCAAUUGAAACUAUUGAGACUAUAGUGGCGCAGCUUAAGGACAGCGAAGACAGCUCUACCCGCGUAACUACCAUUAAGGCCUUAGGCAGUCGAUCAGACUUGCCGAACGAGGUUCUCAAGGCUAUAGCGGCACGGCUUAAGGAUAAUGAUAAUAUAUAUGUCCAAGUAGCCGCCGUUGAGGCCUUAGGCAAUCAAUUAAACUUACCAGACGAGAUCCUCCAGGUGAUAGCAGCGAGCCUUAAGAAUAACGAUAACGGGAGAAUUCAAGUAGCCGCCAUGAAGCCCUUACGCAAGCAAUUAAGCUUGCCUGGCGAGGUUCUUAAAGCUGUGCCAGCGCAGUCUAAGGACAAUAAAGACGACCUAUCCUUUAAAAUCGCCGCUAUUGAUGCAUUAGGCAAGCAAUCAAACUUGUCUAAUGAGAUUCUUCAUGCUAUAGUAGCACAACUUAAGUACAACGGCCGGGUCAUUCAACUUGCCGCCAUGAACGCUUUAGGCAAUCAAUUAAACUUGCCUGACGAUAUUCUCAAAGCUAUAGCUAUAGCAGCAAGUCUUAAGAAUGUCGAAAACUGGAGGGUCCAAGAAGCUGCCAUGAAGCCCUUACGCAAGCAAUUAAGCUUACCUGACGAGGUUCUUAACGUUAUAGCUGCGCAGCUUGACGAGGAAUCGUUCUCUGCAGAGCUUGCGGAGAGUAUACUGAGAAAGCACAGAGAAUUCUAUCUCACACUUCUCCUCGAAAGCCCUUACUCUCCCUCCCUCUACAAAGUGCUACUACGGCGGAGCUUCAGAGAAGACUUGAGCUGGUAUAUUGACGAUGAUGGCAACUCUUUUCUUAACCUACCAGGAGAUAGUGGAAGAACUCUUAUUGAUAAACAAUAUGACAUGAGGGCUAUAAUACAAGAAGUUCGUCCAGCAAACUUCCCAGCACAAUAA